CCUCCAGGAGGACCAUCCACUGGGUGUCGGGGGAGCUUCUGCCCCAAGUAGCAGGAGGGAGCUGUCAAGGCAUGGAGUUCACACUCAAACACUCCCAGAGGACGGCACUCUGCAUGGGACGCCAUCCAGCUCCUUUGACUGUGGAAUCAAGUACAUUAUCAGCUGGCCCCUGGCUCCUGGCUGUGACCUCCCUUCGCUUGAACUGAGCCUUGUGUGUAAGGGCGUAUCAAGUUGUAUGGGCUUCGCCGCUGGGUGAUCCCAAAUGCAACUCCAGGAAGCAUGGGUUACCAAUGACUUUAAGGUUAACGAUCAGCUGGGCGCGGUGGCUGACGCCUGUAAUCCCAGCACUUUGGGAGGUCGAGGCGAAUGGAUCACGAGGUCAGGAGUUCAAGACCAGCCUGGCCAACGUGGUGAAACCCCCAUCUCUACUAAAAAUACAAAAAUUAGCCGGGCGUGGUGGCGGGCGCCUAUAGUCCCAGCUACUCAGGAGGCUGAGGCAGGAGAAUCGCGUGAACUCGGGAGGCGGAGCUUGCAGUGAGCCGAGAUCUCGCCGCUGCACUCCAGCCUGGGCGGCAGAGCGAGACUCCGUCUCAAAAAAAAAAAAAAAGUUACGAUCCGAUCGCGGGUGUGCGUGAACCUGACCCUGCUUCUCUUCUGAACACCGGGGCGUCCUGGGCCCCUGCCGAGGCUCCUGGGGGCGGUGCCUGUGAGCAGGGACCGCUGAGCGGGUCUGGGGGCGCCAGUGGUCCCCGCGAGCCUCCGCGCGCCCUCCCUCGCCCCAGAGCCGUCUGAGGUCGGGGGAACCGUCCCCCGAGGCCGACACGCCGCUCCUCCAUCCGGUCCCCAAAGCCGAGAGCGGCCGCGCCGACCCUUGGCGCUCGGAGCACAGCAGGCCACGCCGGCACGGAACUCAGUCCCGGCGAGCGGGAGGUGCCCUGAGGCUGCGCGGGGCCGGCCCACAGCGCGCUCGCCCCCGCCAGGCCGCCGCCGCCCAUGAUUCUUUACUGAAAGCGGUACAAUGCGGCUGCUUGAAAGCUAUACUCUGAAAACUACUGUUAUUUUUGACAUCAUUGAGGGAUGGAUUUUAGCAGAAGUCCGGACCUCUUUUUGCUUGGCUUAUCAAAGUUUUGGCUUUGUUGCAAGAGCAGGUCAAGAUUUAGCUGUUCUUCAGUGAACAAGUGUGCAGAUUGUCAAAUAUGUCAGUUCAUCAAAUAAGAAAACAUGCAGUUCUCCCACCUAUCAUUUGUAGAAGUGACAAGGAAUUUUUGGAAAGUGUGCAAAGAUACAUAAUUACAGAAACUGAAAGACUGGGCUGUAGUGAGGAAGGACCUGCUGAUGAAUAUUACAUCAUAUACCGAAAUGUUUUUGAUAAGGUAAUAGAGCAUGUCACUGCAUACAAAUCCAUUCUUACUUCAAUCAAAAAAGAAUAUGAUGCCUUUAUUGAGACAAUAAAGAAAGACCGAAGAACUACAUUUUGUCUUCGUGGAAAACUUAAAGGUUUGGCAGCAGAGCCUACAGCUUUGGUAUAUUACAGGAAAAGAACAAUCCAACUUGAAGCAAAAAUGAGGAUUAUCGAAAGUAAUUCCUCGAAGAUUCAAUCUCAAAUAGAUCAAAUCAAGCAGUGUAGGGCAGAGUAUGACACAAAAGAAGUAAAAUAUUGUACUUUGUCCCAAGAUCCUUCAAAACCUAUUCCAGGCAUGACUCUUCAAGAAUCCAUGAAUCUAGAUGCUCUCACUAAAUACAUGAAACAUCUUGAAGAUAAAUAUGCAGAAAUUAAACAAGCUAUGUUGAUAAAAUAUGUGCCAGCUCAGAGGAAGGCUGAUUUAGAUGAAGAAAUGAUUGUGUUAUUAAAACGGCGAGAUGUAGCUGAAAAUCUGAAUAAAAAAUUACAGUUUUGUCAUCAAAGACUGCAGAUAAUUUCACAGGCACUUACUUCAUGGGUAAAAUCUGAUAUGAGCAGCCCAUUUCAAGACUUUGUGGAGCAAAUUCAGAAAACCAAAUAUUUACAAGGUGACCAAGGCAUUGUUGAAGAACUAAUGGAAGAUGAUCCACGCAGGGCAAAAGAAGCUGAAAUUAUGCUUCACUACAUUGAAAGAUUUAAUGAGUUAAUCUCACUUGGUGAAUAUGAAAAGGCAGCUUGUUAUGCAGCAAACAGUCCUAGAAGAAUUCUUCGAAACAUUGGUACAAUGAAUACAUUUAAGGCUGUUGGAAAAAUUAGAGGAAAGCCUCUUCCAUUACUCUUAUUUUUUGAGGCCAUGUUUAUCACAAGUCAUGCUUUUCCAUGUCCUGUUGAUGCAGCUCUAACCCUGGAAGGAAUCAAAUGUGGAUUAUCGGAAAAACGGUUAGAUUUAGUUACCAAUUGGGUUACACAGGAAAGACUGACAUUUUCUGAGGAGGCUGGGGAUGUGAUUUGUGAUUAUGGGGAGCAGGAUACUUAUAACAAGGCCAAGUGCCUGGCUUUAGCUCAGAUUAUCUACAGUGAAUGUGGCCUGCACAAGAAAGCUAUUCUUUGCUUGUGUAAACAGGGUCAGACUCAUAGGGUCAUGGAGUACAUACAGCAGUUGAAGGACUUUACUACCGAUGACCUGUUGCAGCUAUUAAUGUCAUGUCCCCAAGUUGAAUUAAUUCAGUGUCUCACUAAAGAGUUGAACGAGAAACAACCAUCUUUAUCUUUUGGUCUUGCUAUACUUCAUCUGUUCUCUGUAGACAUGAAAAAAGUUGGCAUUAAGCUACUUCAGGAAAUCAAUAAAGGUGGUAUAGAUGCAGUAGAAAGUCUUAUGAUAAAUGAUUCCUUUUGCUCCAUAGAAAAGUGGCAAGAAGUGGCAAAUAUAUGUUCACAGAAUGGCUUUGACAAAUUAUCUAAUGACAUCACGUCUAUUCUUCGAUCUCAGGCUGCAGUUACAGAAAUUUCUGAAGAGGAUGACGCAGUCAACCUAAUGGAACAUGUGUUUUGGUAGUUCUAUAUCUUAACCAGCUGAGGGAGCUUGUACAACACCUUAUGUAUGCUGGUUGGGCAAACUGAUUUUAACAUAACUAACUUAUAAAUAAAUCUAGAGUAAGAAGAUCUCAGAAAUAAAUCACACUUUUGUUAUGAUGACAUUUAGAUUUGUCUUUGAAAUAUUUAUACUAUUGCUUCCUUUUCCCCAUAUGGUCAUUUCUUAUAUUGAAUCUUGAUAAAAUCCAAGAUUAUAACUUUCUGUGAAACAGUGUAGGGCAUUUUUAUCUAAGGACAUAAGCUAAUGUCCAGAUAUAUUACUUUCUGGUGAUGUAAUAUGAUAGCAAGAACUGAGGAAGGUGUGGGUAGUAUCCUGUGUGUUAGACUGUCUUCCCAAACAUGAAAUGCUACAAGCCUGACUUGACCAGAAAAGCAGGAUAUCAUUUCAAGGUUGGACUUGCUGGCAAAAACCUAGAGUAUAGUAAUUUUGUACUGCUGAUUUAAAGAUGUGCCCCAUGCUUUGAUAUAUAUAAAUAUGGCAAAGCUUAGGCUUCUAGUAUAAAAGCUGGGACUCUUGGCAUGUUAUUACUUAGAGAGAAGACCAGUCGAAUUUUGCAUAGAAGUAGACCUGUGAUACCUAUAGGUAUGGAAAAUAUGUCAUAAGAAGUGGUUUUGGAUUAUUUCAAGUGUCUGAAUAAGUAUUUGAUUGAAAACUCUGAAAGUUCUGUGCCAUGGACAGGUGUAAUAUUAAAAAUAUUUAAUGAUUAGUAUGGCAUGGGCACAAAUCAAGCAGAACAGAUACCUAAUUAAUCAGAACAGCCUUUAGCCCUUAUGCUACGCCAGAGCUUACUAGCUAAAUGUCAUCCUUGACCAUGGAACAUGGUUAAAAUGAGCUGCUGGCUGGGCAAGGUAGCUCAUAUCUGUAAUCCCAGCACUUUGGGAGGUCGAGGCAGGAGGAUCGCUUGAGCCCAGGAGUUUGAGACCAGCUAGGCAACACAGUGAGAUCCCGUCUCUGUUAUUAAAAAAAGAAAAAAAAAUUUCAAGUAAAAAAUGAAAAUGAUCUGCUAUUAGAAUAAGAGCAAAGAGCAUAACUUUUCCCGUCCUAAAUUUAAAUUGAAUAUGUAUUUUUAUGUUAUAGUGGAAAGAAGAUGAACGGGGAGUCAGACAGCUUCAUAUUAAAAUUCUGGUCCUACCUCUUACUCACUUAUAAAAUAUGGGCAGUCUUCCCUUAGGCUUGUUGUGAGGAUUAGUGAUAAUGUAUGUGUAGUGUAAGUGUAUAACAUGAUAGAGGAACUUAGUAAAAGAUAGCUGUAAUUCCUUUGUAAUCGGCCCCAGAAACACACAUUUCUCUACUUAGUUUGUACUUACUAAAUCCCAUAUGUCUAUUCAUUUGUAUUUAUAUGUUUAUCCUUCUUUAAAGUAUUUGAUAUAUUGGUACGACUUAUUGCUGAGAUUAAGUUAUCUGUCCACACUCGUAUUAGGGUUGCCUGGCUUAUCUUAUAAAUUCAGAAGCAUUCAAGCUGAGUUUUUAAUUUUUCCAUUUGGUGCUAAAUAGAAUACUGGAUAAUUAUAAUUCAGCUUUCUAAAACGUAGCAUUUUUAAAGUAAUACAUGUGCAUAGUUUAAAAAGCAAUUUAUUACUAAAAGGCUUAUCAAAAUAAUAUUUUGAUUUUUGGCCUUCAUACAGGCUGUUGAAAAGAGCAGAUAAAGGAUGGAAAAAAGGAA